GCUGCCAUCAGGUACGCGCACCGUGUCUCGCUCUCCAGGUACGCUCAAACUUACCUGCUUUCGGUUUCUUCUCUAAAUCCUCUCAAUUCUUCAAUUUCGAUUUUAGUUUCAAUUUCGAUUCUCGGUACAAUUUCAAUUUUCGUUACAAUUUCGAUUUUCGUUACAAUUUUAAUUUCAAUUCUAAGUUCAAGUUCAAUUUUAAUUGCGGUUGCAAUUGUAAUUUCAAUUGCUUCAAAGUUGAUGAAAAGUGGUUUUAAAAGUUGAUAAAAAGUUGCUUCAAAAAGUUGAUGAAAAGUUACUUCAAAAGUUGUUAAUGAUGUGAAGUACCACUUGUGGGUUCAAUAGAGGAUUAAAGUGAUUGUGGUUGUAGUGCCCGUCAAGUGAAAGUGUCAAGUGGAAUAUGUUUAAUUACGAAAUGAUUAUUCAAAAUAGUCGUAGUGGACUAACUUUGAUCUUUCGUGACAUUUGUGCUGAGGAAAGUGAAGAAAAUCAGACCACGUGGCCAAAUAGACAAUAGCAUCCGCCACCUGGAUCUUUUAUGCAAUACCGUGCCAUCCGUAGUUAUUAACAUUUACCGGAUCUACCGAUUUUUGAUUCUUGAUUUUCGAUUUUUGUUUUUUAUGUGCAAAUGUGUUCACCAAGUGCAACUCAUCCCACUUGGAAUUAAACUAGAAAACAAACCGUUCAACUAGUUAUCAAGAUAUUCAUUUGAUUCGAAAAGUUGUUUGAAAAUUAGGUUCAAAACAGAUUUUGAAAAGUGAUUCAAAAACAGAUUCGAAAACCCAAAAGUGUUGGCAACACCCAAGAGCAUCUUGGAAGAAACGAGUUAUUAAUUUUUUCCAACAAGUUGUCUAGCAACGGUUUUCUGAUUCUUCAGCUCGCUUUGACUACCGAGACACUCGACAAAUCACAACUCUUCCUUGUUUCUUCAUUCAGAGGUGGGAAUAAUGCUAAUAAUCUCGUACAGUCCGAGUUAAAAACCAAAGACGAGUUUUGGCGUUGAAUAGUUGAUGAGAUUGCAUUGAACGGAGAUCGAGUCUGGAUAAGGGACUUGUAGAAAGGGGAGCCUUGAUAGUCUUUCCAAACAUUCCUUCAAUUUCAAGGAUUUCCAAACCAAAUUUACCUCUUGAAUUCAAAUCAACUGUCAAUAACAACUUAUUGCCAACAAAUUUUGAUUGAUUGAAUAUCAAAGAAAUAAUUGAACAAAGAAUUAAUUCUUUCUUCAAAUCAGUUUGUGUCAAGUUAGUUUGUUUCAAGUUUCAAAUUUCAAACCUCUGCAAAUAGAAAAGAUAAUGCUGACAUCUUAUCUUGCUAACGUGGCACGAGGACAAAGAAAAGCAAGGUGUUUGAUUACCAGGGAGCGACAAGUGCCCGAAAUGAGAGAUUAGUCUCUGUAGGUCCAGAGAGACAAACAAAUAUAUUCUUAUCAAGUUUCCUGCGCUGAAAAAUCAACAACGAGGCAGAAGAAAAUUUAUUCCAGAGAUUUCGAAAGUCUUCUUGCUCUCUCCCCCACUCUGUUCGGACAAACUUUUCGGAGCACUGUCCCGUUAACCUACAACUUAACGGAAAGCGAGUUUUUGAAAGCUUGUUGAUGAAUGAAUCAAUCAGAAAAAAAUUAAUAUGAUCAAUCAUUGAGAUUUUAUGAGAAAGGGAAACAGAAAGAAAGAAAAAUGCUCAAGUGGAUUAAAGUUCGUCAGGAUUCGUCCUCAUCGACAAUCGCCAAGAGCAAUGACGAAACGGAUGUUCAGCCAGUUAAGGAAGACGAAGAUGAUAGUGGAAUGGAGAGGGAGGAUUCACCCGCUGUUGAUUUGAGUCUUCUCAAAAAAGACCUGUUCUCCCAGCUGCAGUUUUCGCAAGAAAGCGCAUUACCACCAGACGCUUUGCGUCGAGCCCUCGCUGAGAGCUUCCUCGAUCAGCAAAGGUUUCAGCUCGGUUUUAUGGAUGACGCUGCCGAAUGCUUUGAGAACAUUUUGCUGCGAAUUCAUUUGCAUAUUGCAAGCGGAGAAGCGGAGGAUAUGUGCAGUGCUCGGCAUUGUGUUCCACAUCAGAAAUUCGCAAUGACACUUGUCGAGCAAAGUGUCUGUGAAGCUUGUGGUGCCACUUCAGAGCCCUUGCCAUUUACACAGAUGGUUCAUUAUGUAUCGGCGUCGGCGUUAACUUCUCAAGCUCGACAAACGCCUGUAGCUUCGAGAUCGAGUCCAGAUUUAUUUGGCCAACUUCUGCGUCGAGCAGGUGGAAUGGGCGACAUUCGCGACUGUCCGAGUUCCUGUGGUGCUAAAAUCCAAAUUUGCCGAACACUAAUGAACCGACCAGAAAUCGUAUCGGUCGGUGUUGUCUGGGACAGUGAGCGACCAUCUCUAGAGCAUAUAAUGGACGUUUUCGCAACUGUUGGCACAACACUUCGAUUAAGUGACGUUUUUCAUAGUGUAGUCGACUCCAGAUGGGGUGCUUCCACUGUACAUAAUCUUGUUGGAGUUGUUACAUAUUAUGGAAAACAUUACUCCACCUUCUUCUUCCACACGAAAUUAAAGGUCUGGAUAUAUUUCGACGACGCGACCGUUAAGGAGAUUGGACCCCGAUGGGAGCAGGUUGUUGAAAAGUGUAGGAGAGGUCGAUACCAACCACUUCUUUUGUUGUACGCGACCCCGGGUGGUACGCCUGUCAAUACUGAGAAUGCCCCGAAGACAGUCACACCGUUUCCCAAUGGGAAUGGACUCAAGACGCCCCCAAAAAACAAUGUUCGCCGAUCGAUCACGCCGAGUCCUGAAAAACCCCCAAUUAAUAAUACUGCCAGGAGGGCGAUUACUCCCAAUCCGGACAGUCCUACACACAUUUACACGCAACGUCGAAUCUACAGCGAUUAUCAAAAUCUCACUGAUAUUCAAAACAACAUCUUUGCCAAUCAGGGCGUCGAUGCAGUAGAUGGUGAUAUAGAUGCAAAAUACAUAAGUCGAAGAGCCGUUGAGACUGUGAUGCAACAACAAAAGAAGCAACAGAUGCAAUUGACCCGAAGUUUGAGUGCAGGAUCAGCUCCACAAGACGGUAUUAAUAUUCCGGACCAUCUCAAUGUUCCUCGAAGAAGAGAUUCGGGAAAUUGGUCCGGAGACCGAAAUAGCGCCUCGUCGAGUUCGUCGACAACGAUGGAGAAUCCCUACUUGUACAUCGUUAACAAGGUUCAGAGAAAUUCUGGAGUUCCAAAGAGUCCGACCAGUAAAUCUGGAGAACUAUCAAGCAGCAGUAGCGGUCAUUAUGAUGCGGGUUAUGAUUCAUAUUCUCUCUCCUCCACUGAUAGCCUUCCUCUCCAGCAAGGAUUAAAGCACAACCUACAGCUUGCUCAAAUUCCGGAAGGUUAUCAACCACAAUCGGGAGAUGACUGCGAGCGUCUCUGCAAGGAAACGGACGCACUUUUGGACAAGUCUAGAGCUGCUGAAGAUGCGGGUGAUCUCGUCACUGCUUCAGUUCUUUGUUCUGCGGCGAGCAGUAAAGCUAGGGCAGCAAUGGACGCUCCUUACAAUAAUCCCCAAACGAUCAAAAUUGCAAGGAUGAAGCACAACACUUGCGUCAUGAGAACCAGAAGUUUACACAGAAGAAUGUUGCAGGAACAAGCGAUCGCUAAUGGAGACAAAGAAGAAGGAGCACUAGAGGGUCGACAUUCUCGAGAGAACAGCAAAUCCGGUCAACAUUCUCGACAGAGUUCGAGGGAUAAAGGCAACCAUUCGCGUCAGAACAGCCGAGAACUUUUGGUAAACACGCCGGUGGUAGUAGACAAGCCAGCGACAAAGAGUAUCGAAAUCUAUGCUACUCUUCCAAAGAAGAAGUCGCCGAGGAGUAAAACAACGACUACUAAUGUGAUUGAAGAUGAGGAGUACAUGCUGUACGAUCGUCCGACUCAACGAACUGGACUGUUUGGCAGAGUGAAACGCUGUGAGGAUGAUAAGAAAGACAAGAAACGAGCUAGGAGUGAAGAGCGUAACAAGAAUGCAUCAAAGGACUUUUCCCUUGUACCCACAAGGCCUUCGCAGUCAUUCAAAAUCACAAAACUUGAGAAGAGCAAAGAGACCUCGGAAAAUUCGAACAAAAAUCAAACAAAUACAGGUGAUCAAAAACAGGGGAAGAAGCAGCACAAGAUCCGAAGAAAGUUACUAAUGGGUGGCUUAAUCAAGAGGAAAAAUAGAAGCAUGCCUGAUUUAAGGGAAGGACAAGACGGUCCAGUCAAUGGUGCUGGAUCUUCCAAUACCCUACCGAAGCAAUCUGUCGAUGACUCAAGUGUGGGACUUAAAGAUGCAUCACAAUCUCUGAGUGGAUAUCUCUCGGAAGGUCAUCUAGAAUUCUCUGGAAGUGGUAAUGGGAGCAUGGGGAAUCCGAAUUUAGAGAGAAGUCGCCUGAUGAGGAAGAGCUUCCACGGCAGCGCUGGUAAAGUUCUGCACGUUGCGAAAGUUCCUCCACCUCCACCCCUCAGGACCACUUCUCAACUUAGCAAGACUAAGUGUACGACUGAAGUGCGAAACGAGCAACAAACUGAUAAAUCUCUUUACCCGUUGUCCGACGGACCGGGCAAAACGACAAAUUCGCCUCAAGAUCAGAGCAACGCUUACUGGAGUCAUAUGAAUACAACGCAGGCGAAUAGAAACUCUAACUACGCGGACUAUUCCUCCGAACCGCACUCCCUACCCUUCAUUCCCACAUACGGGAGUGAAAGUAGCACUUCACAGAUGAAUUACAACAGCAAACCGAGAAUACAAGACGAUGUUGUGCAAUACGCUAAUGGAAUUCUAUUUGAACCAACUUUUGUCGUGACUCGAGCCGAUGUUCACAACGAGCAAAGUCCCGUCAAGCCAGAGUCACUUCCACCAUAUCCAGAAAAUGGAAACGGAUCUCAUUCUCGACAACCGAGCGAAGAAUUUCCACCUCCACCUUAUCCGUCAAUUCCUUCUGUUUCACACUCAAGGCAAGCCAGCGAAGAUUUUCCACCACCUCCAUCACCCAUUGAAGACCAAAAGAAUGCACAGUCCGAAGCUCAACAAAUCAGCAGUCUCCUAGCACAAUUACAACUCAAGAGGGAGCAGUCCCUUGCGGCAGAGGCCAAGGACCUGAGGGUAGACUCAUGCCAGGACGUCGAGGACAAGAGUGCCAAUGAGACCUGGCUUAGGGAACUUCAAGCCAAACAGGCAGAAAUGAGAAUAAAGAAACAGACCCUCGUCGAACAGGAUAUUCCAAAAAUACGAUCAGGCAUUCAAGGCGGAACUGUCGCUAGAAGAACCAGCGACCUAAUGCUCAACAGUAUCGGAUCUUUCGAUCAGGGACGCGACGUUACCGAUUGCUCAAGAGUUGUCACGUCUUCCGUCAAGGACAUGGCAGCUAAAUUCGAACAAAGCAAGGUGCUGGCACCAAAGACCCACUUUUCAAAUGCUGCCACUCCUUCCCCCGUUAUGGACAACUGUCAGGAUGUUCCCAAAAUCGAAAAUCCCCUUCAGAGUCAGGUUCAACAACAGCAAAUUCAAAAUCACAACCAGAUGCAAGGUCAAAUUCCAUUAAACCAGAAUUAUGAUCCAAGUGCUGCAAAUCUAGGUCUUCCUGUCCAAGAAAGUGGACUUAAUGCCGCCAUUCUCUCUAUGUCACUAACCCUGCCACACGAGAAUGGUCUACCGAUAGACUACCCCGAGGAUGAUAUCAGCGAAGUCGCGAUGCAGAAUACAAUCCAAAACACAACAAUUCUACCCAAUGAAGACGACAUUGCGCCUAGGAAAACAAAGCACCGAAUUGGAAAGAAGAAGAGCGUCUCCUUCUGUGAUCAAGUCGUCCUCGUCGCAACAGCCGAAGACGACGAAAAAGCCUCCUACAUUCCGAAUCCAAUUCUAGAAAGGGUACUACGUACCGCUAUGAAUAAACCCGAAACCGCCAAGGUACUUCGCGAAAUCAAGACUCUACAGGAAGCGGAAAUAAAUCGCGAAAACUCGACCAUGAAAUUCCAACAGCACACCCUCCCUCUCAAGAGUGAGGCCGACAGCAUACCCGCAACUCCCUUCCAAGAUCAACUCCGAAGCGUCAAUCCUAUCUCAACAGCCGAAAAUAUCAGACCAACUUUCGUUCGACAGAAUUCGAACGAUUCCGCAGUCUCCGAAAUCAAGAGUUACGUCUACGACAGUCAAGAACUUAGGGACUCUUAUAUGAGUCAAAACGCAAAACUCUCAGCCUCCUAUUCACCUCAACUUCAACAGCAAAUUCGAUACUCCCAAAGUGGAUAUCCCCAAUUCACCCAAACACCAUCCGGUUAUCCACAAACCCAAACUUCGCAUCCCAGAAAUCAGGUUCUUCCCCAACAGAAACCGGCCAGUCCUUUCACUGUUCAAAUGCACAACUUCCCACAAAAUCCAAAUCAAAAGAAUUGUCCGAAAGGCUAUCAGUACUAUCAUCUGGAACAACAACACAAUCAGAUGAACAAACAACUUAACCAACAGGGUCUCAAACAGCGGAUUGUCAAUCACAAUGGUAGUGUUACUCCCAAUCUUAAUACGAGUGUUGUUGGAAGUCAUAAUGGAAGUAUGGCCGGAGGUCACAACGCAAAUCUGGUUGGAAGUCAUAACACAAGCCUAGGAGGAAGUUUACCUGGAAGUCAUAACGGAAGUCUAACUGCAGGUCACAAUGGAAGUCUAACUGCAAGUCAGAACGGAAGUCUAACUAGCGGUCACAAUGGAAGUCUAACCAGCGGUCACAACGGAAGUCUAAUCAGCGGUCACAAUGGAAGUCUAACUAGUGGUCAUAAUGGAAGUCUAACCAGCGGUCACAACGGAAGUAUAACCAGCGGUCACAAUGGAAGUUUAACUAGCGGUCACAACGGAAGUCUAACUAGUGGUCACAAUUCGAGUCCAAUAACAGUACAACAGCAAUUCUAUCCCCCAAAUCAAUCACCAAAUCCCUAUCAACAAUUCGCCAAUCAAACUCAGUAUCCCCAUGGAACAUAUCAAGGCUACCCGUACCAACCUGCUCCCCAGCAGCGAGCGAAUCAACCGCUUCCACAAUAUCAACCGCCACCAACGCCGAAUCCAGCCUAUCAGCAACAAGUUCCACAAAACGGUUAUCAACAAAGACUGGACAACUAUCAAAGGUCGCCACAAAAAUUCGAACAACAAAAUGUCCUGGCUCCGAAUCAAACCUAUCCAUCGAAUCAAUUACAAAACGGACAAAUUCAAUCGAAUAUGAAGUAUCCGGCCUAUCAGCAUCCACCACCGCCGAAGAACAAAAUUGUUUUUCAAAGUGCAGUGAAGAAUACAACGACAGUUACUCAAACGACAAGUGUCCUACAAAAGACGACAGUCGCCAAACCCUGUCAUCUUUGUGGAAAGAAAAGUGUCGUUCAACCUGCGAUUUAUUGUACUGACUGUGAAUUUUAUAUGUCGCGCUUCCGACCUAAGACUUAAGAAAUGCCAUUUUAUUGCUUUUUUGAUAUAUAUUCUCAAAGGCGUGGUACUUAAAAAAUAUCCUUUGUUGAUUUUUUUAUAUUUAUCUAUUUUUUCGGUAUUUUAAUUAAUAUAAUAAUUUUAAGAUGCCACGUUUUUUAAAUGUACAAAUUUAGUUUUUAGGUAAAGGUAUAAAAAGUACCGACGUGCAGCUUUUAUAAAAAAUUUCUAAAUUUAUCCGAGUUCCUUGUAAAUCAAGCUUCAAGGAUUUCAGAUUGCGUAUAGAUAAAAUCUAUUUGAUAUAAUCAUAUGGAGAACUGAAAGUAUUGAUCCCUAUUUGAAUAUUCUAAAAUAUUUGCUGAUAUUCAAUAUGGAUAGAGAAUUAUUAUGUUUUGUUGUAAUCUAUUUCUGCCUUUUGUGUAUUAAUCAACAAAAUAGUAUUAAUGCAUAAACAAUACAAAAAAGUAUUGAUUCAAUUAGCUUUAAGCAUAAAUUUUAUUGAUUCUUAAAUUUAUAAGUACUUCUAUUAUAUCUAUUAGUCGAUAUUACAGCCAUAUUUUGACAUCUUGAGUCAUGGCAUUAAAACAUAUUGUUUUAAUUUAAUAAUCAAAUAAGAAAAGUGUAUAUAAAUGUUUCUGUUAAAUUUUAAGUUUUUUUAUUGUAAAAAUUGGUAAAUUUCUACGAUUCUUCCAGCAUUGAUGCGAAAUGUUUCUCGUACUUAUAUCGUGAACUGUUAAGUUUUAUCUACGUGCAAAUGUUUGUGUUGUUCGCGACAACAAUAAAAGCGAUAUUUCUAUAUUGUAAAAGACAUUGUGAUAUUAGGACUUGCUACUUUAUAAUAUGUUAGAUACUAUAUUAGAUGUUAUGUCAAAAGUUAAUUAGAAUAACAUAUAUGUCGAGUAAUUCGUAUUUUGCUAUUCGUAAUUCUCUAUUUGUCGUUUAUUUGAAAAAUUUUACGACUUUCAUUAUUUAAAUGUUUUUUCUCUUUUUUUUUUGUCUAUUUCAUAAAUGUUGAGAUUUAUAUAUAUGAAAAGUAUUGUGGUUGGAAGCGUCGAUAUAGUGAUUUGCGAAUGUAAAAUUCGAAUAUUAUACUCGUAGAGCGGAAGGAAUAUGAUCUCUAAAUAAAACGCGUAGAAUUUAUUUUAUGUUAAUUUGAGCGUUAAAGUUAUGCUUUUUGUACUAUGUUGUCAAAUAACUUCGAUAUAUAUGUGCUAGAUGAUUAUUGUACAAAUUUUAUCAUUUUAUAUUUCAUAUGUGAGUAUUUUGUUUUAAAAAUACUUUUCUUUCAUGCAAAGCAAAUUUGAAAUAAAUGAAUCUUUAAAAA